GUGACGCAGCGUGGCCGAGCCGAGAGCCCUGCGGCUGCGCACCGAAGAGGCAAGGCGUCGCGUUUGGUCGGCGGGGGGCGCUAAGCGAGGAAGAUGCUGCUGGUGCUGUCGGAGGAGCACAAGGAGCACCUGGGCUUCCUUCCCCAGGUGGAGAGCUCAGUUGUCAGUGAAUUUGGUCGUAUUGCUCUGGAGUUCUUAAGAAAAGGCACGAAUCCGAAAAUCUAUGAAGGAGCAGCAAGAAAACUUAAUGUUAGCAGUGAGACAGUUCAGCACGGAAUAGAGGGAUUAACAUAUCUUCUCACUGAGAGCUCAAAACUCAUGAUAUCUGAGAGAGAUUUCCAAGACUCUGUGCUUGUACUGGGGUUCUCUGAAGAACUGAAUGCCAUAUUACUCCAGCUGUACCUUGAUAACAGAAAGGAGAUCAGGAGUAUUCUGAAUGAACUGGCACCAAAACUCCCUAGUUACCACAGUCUGGAGUGGAGACUAGAUGUACAGCUUGCUAGCAGAUGUCUGAGACAACAAAUUAAGCCAGCUAUAACUCUAAAGCUGCACCUUAACCAGAAUGAAACUCAAACUACCAAAAUAUUACAAACUGACCCUGCUACGUUAUACCAUCUGAUUCAACAACUGGAGCAAGCUUUAGGGGAAAUGAAAACAAAUCAUUGUAGGCGAAUUGUGCGAAAUAUCAAAUAGUGUUGUCUUCUUGGUAAAUGUAUGGAAAAAUGGAAAACUGUGUUUUCAAAAUGAUGAUGCAUCUGGAUUAGUUGGAACACUUUUCUGUGCCAACGUCUUGAGGCAGUGUUUACAGGCUGAAUUUGUUUGGGUGCUAACCAUAUUAUACUGCCUGAUGCAAGUUAGAAUAAUUGUCCUGUAAUUCAACCAGAUAUAAAUAAAAGUUGAUUAUGUGUGGUUUUCUAACUUUUAUGUAGAGCUGCCUUUUGCAUAAUAGGCAGCUCUGUUGUUUAUUAUUCCUCAUCUUUUUCUGACUUGUAUGAAUAAAGAAGCAAUCAUACAGUAAUAUUUUAGCUGUCUUUGAUCUUCAGGAGGAUUUCUUGCAAUGACAGAAUUAUUUUUGAGCAGGCUGCUACUCAGUGAUACCGAAGGAAGCUUCAUGUCAUGACUAAUUGGUGUUUGUGUAUAAGGAAAUAACAGCAGCUUCUUAUUUAUUUAUUAUAUUUGUAUACUGCCUGAUAUAUACAUCUCUAAGUGGUAUACAAAAUUUAAAACAAAAUAUAAAGCAGAGUAACAACAAUGAAAAUAAAUAUUUGUUUAAAAUAAGAACAAAUUAAGCAGUUUAAAAUUAAGUUAAAAGCUUGCAAAAAUAGGUGUGUCUUGAAGGUUGUCUUAAAAGUAAACAAAAAAGAUGCUCUUACUUCAACAAGGAGCAUAUUCCAAAGUCCCGGAGCAGCCAUAGAGAAGGCUUGGUCCUGCAGACCUCUCCAUUAUAGAGCGGUAUAUAAAUGUAAGUGCUAUUGCUAUUGCUUGCUAUUAUCAGACUUCUCCAGAAGAUUGUAAAAGGUGGCAGGUUUCAUGACAAAGAAGGCGCUCUCUUAAAUAUCCUGGGCCCAUAACAUUUGUAAGAUGUUUCUUUCUGCACAUGAACUGACUUGGAUUGGUCUCGAUGAAUAAUGUAACAUUAAGACAGAAUGUACAAGAGGGUCUCUGCAGUAGUGUGAAUUAUUGCUGGUUUAACUCAUGAUUGCAUGGCAUUAUUCAUACAAGUGUGUGCCAAAGUGGAUACAGCUACUCUCAUGUAGAAGAAAAUACCUUAUAUGAAUUAGUCUUCAGAGCCAAUAACGACAACAAAUAUUUAAAAAAGUAUAUUUGUUUUUAAUUGGUCUGCAUAAUAGUGGGAUAAAAUAAAUAUGUUAUGUAUUUGUUCUACAUUACAUUUGCACACUACAUGUUUUUAUGGAUAUGGAUCUGAUUUGUAUAUGUUUUAACGGUUAAAUUCUUGGUUUGUUUUAUGCUGUAAACUGCCUAGAGACUUCAGUAGGGGGUGAUAUACAAACAUUAAAUAAAUUCAUUGUGUAAUGGUAUGUUACAGCAUAGCAGCCAAAGA